CUUGAAGAAAUAUUGUAAUAAUUGUGGGAAAUACACUUCCAGUUCUUAUUAAUAGAGCCAACUCCAUCCAUAACCAUGUUGUUCAACAAUCACCUAAAAGAUGAAGUUAUUUGCAUUAUGAGUCUAUUUGUGAUUAGCAUGAAUAACUUUCUCCUUUGUAAAAAACCAAAGAAAUCAGCAGCUUGUGAUCAGCUGAGUGGACCCUUUGUGCCACAGUACUUUCUCCUCCCCUUCAUUUGUUUACAUUUCAUUUAGUGAGUUUCUCUAAACUACAAAAUGGGUUCUUCUGAGAAAAUGAAACGUAUCAGCUAUAUGGAUCCAGUCUUGUUCAAAGCUGCAGCUGAAGGCGAUAUCGAUCCCUUUGAGAAAUAUCAAACCUGCCUUGAUCAGUUAUUGACUCCAGACGAGAACACCAUUCUUCAUGUCUACUUAGGAAACCAAAGUAGGGAACCGGAACUCACUGAUUUUGUUGUUAUAAUUCUUGAAAUGUGUCCACCACUGUUAUUCCAAGCCAAUAAGAAAGGUGAAAUCCCACUCCAUUUGGCAGCAGCAUAUGGUCAUUCCAAUGUGGUAAAGGUCCUCAUUGACCGUGCCAAAGCUCUACCUACUGAUUCAGAGAGCGGAGUAACAGAAGCAAAAAAGAUGUUGAGGAUGACCAAUGAAGAGCAAGAUACAGCGUUGCACGAGGCAGCUCGACAUAGGCGGAGCCAUGUGGUGGAAAUAUUGACUAAAGAGGACCCUGAGUUUCCAUAUUCGGCCAAUGUUCAUGGAGAAACUCCACUUUAUAUUGCUGCUUCCAUUAUCACGAGGUGGAGGGAAGAACGAGGAAAGGUAGUCGAUGGAAUCCUCGGAAAUUGCAUCUCAGUGGACUAUGGCGGCCCUAAUGGUAGAACUGCUCUAAACGCGGCAAUCAGGGUGCGAGAUGAUGAGACAGCAAGAAAAUUGUUAGAAAAAGAAAAGAAAUUGACGCAAACAACCGAUGAGAACGGCUGGUCACCACUUCACCACGCUGCCUGUUAUGACUGGUCUCCUCGUAUAGUGCAAGUAUUACUAGAAAAUGAUGCGUCUGCGGCCUACAUUGCUGAAACAGAGAAGAGGAGAACAGCACUUCACAUUGCUGCUAUUCAAGGACAUGUAAACGCAAUGAAAGAGAUUGUUUCUCGAUGUCCAGCUUGUUGUGAGCUAGUUGAUAACAGAGGUUGGAAUGCUCUUCACUAUGCUGUGGCAAGUAAAGAUAGAGUAGCAUUCGUCCACUGUCUGAAGAUUCCAGAGCUUGCAAGACUUGGAACGAAGAAGGAUGACAAAGGAAACACGCCCUUCCAUCUAAUUGCUGCUUUAGCGCACCAGCAGAAGCAAUGGCAACGUGUUUUAUUUAACGAUAGUUAUGGUUAUAGUGGAAGGGAGAUAAGAUGUGGUCUUAAUAAGCGACAGCUAAGCGUCGACGACAUUUAUGAAGGAAAUUUUGCAGAGAUACAGAAAGAGCUUGUAAAAUCCCUUGAAGAUGUUGGCAGUGGACCGAUUGGUCGCGGUCCCUUUGUUAUGAAAGGAGAGGAAGAGAAAAACAAUAAGGAGAGAAACAAAGAAGAAGAGGAAGCUUUGAGUAAAGCAAGGGAGUCUCAUCUAGUUGUUGCGGCGCUGAUAGCAACGGUGACAUUUGCAGCAGCAUUCACCCUACCUGGCGGUUACAAGAGCGACCAAGGUCCAAAUGAAGGCACUGCAAUUCUUGCUAAAAAAGCUGCUUUUAUAGUAUUUGUUAUGUCAGAUGCAAUGUCAAUGGUGCUCUCUCUUUUAGCUGUCUUUAUCCAUUUUAUGAUUUCGCUGAUUCAUGGUUUUAAAAUGGUAAAGGAUGAAGCGAUGGAUGAGAAUACCACUGGGAUAUUAUUUGGGUAUGCCAUGUUGCUGACAAUGAUUGCCAUGGGUACAAUGAUUAUCGCAUUCAUCACGGGCACAUAUGCGGUUCUAGAGCCUUCCUUGGGGCUUGCUAUCAGCACUUGUCUUAUUGGUCUGAGUUUCUUCUUCCUUGUGUAUUUAGUGUGUAGGUUCAUUUACAAGAAUUUAAUAAGUUAAAUUUACCGGUGAAACAAUCAAUUCUAAAUUUUAUAUCAAAUAAAACUCCGAUGUAUAUUUUUUUAAAA